AUGGCGGACAGCAGGAUGCACCACGCUGAGGAUUCAGAGAUUCUCGACGAAUUCGAUGGUCACGCCGAAUUCGAAGCGUUGCUGUCGGACGCAUUCAUGUGGGGCCCGGACAGCGGCGACGCGGCGCGAGCAAUGUCAGCGCUGUUCGGACACCCACCGGAUGCAGCUGAUACGCACGGUAGCACAACGGCACCGCCACAGCAGCUGCUGGGCGGCCUGCUGCGCACGCACGGCCCGCACAUGAGCCCGUUUUCCGGGCUGCCCUCGGCUUUCAUCUUUGGCGCUGCAGCGGGUGCGGAGGCAGUGCCCCACCCAGUAGAGCACCCCGCGGAAAGCCAGCCGCAGCAGCAACAGCAGCACCAGCAGCAGCACCAGCAGCACCAGCAGCACCAGCAGCAGCAGCCACCUGCCGCGCCGCCCCCGCGGCCCCCGAGCCCGCAGCCCCCGCCCCCAGGGCCGAAGCGCGGCCGCGGCCGCCCCCCAAAGACGGCGGGCGAGUACACCGAGAGCUACAGGGCCGUGAAGGAGUACCGCAACCGCAGCAAGCAGCGCAUGAGCGCGCUAGAGCAGGAGCUGACGGAGAAGCUGGGGCAGCUGCAGCUGCUCACCGCAGAAAACCAGGCGCUGCAGGCGCGAGAGGUCGUACUGCAAGAGGCCAUCAACGCCAACGACGCAGCCCUCGCGCGCGAGCUCGCAGAGGCAGCCGCGGCCGAGGACGCCGCCACUGCCGGAAUCUCCACGCCUCCAGACGGCAGCGCCGCAGCACCCAACCAACACUCGCAGCACUUGCAGCAGCAGCAGCAGCAGCAGCAGCGACGGCGGCCUGGUGGGGUGGCGCCUGCAGGAGAGGGCAGCCCGGGCCCGAGCCCCGCGCUGCUGGAGAUGCUUGAGCUGUACCGCGAGUACGUGCGCCGCCUGCGCGCGCGGCUGGGGCCCGAUGGCGCGCUGAGGCCGCUGGCGCCGUGGGAGGAGCGGUUCCCGCCGGGGCGGCUGUUGAUGAAGCUGUUCAUGGGGCUGAGGCAGGAGGAGGGGCUCGCUUUUAUCACAUCAAACCUGGAGACCGGGGAGCGCACCACUGAGCUGCCAGAGGGCUGGUGGCAGCGCGUGGCGGAGGGCCUGUACCUCAGGCCCGAGCAGCACGCGCGCAUCGCCGCGGCCAUGGAAGAAUUCCUGGGCGCCGCGGACCGCCUGCUCGCGCAGCGCCGCCGCCUGCAGCUGCGCCUCUCCGACGCGCUGCGGCGCCUGCAGGGCGGGGUGCCCGCGAACGCCGACACGGCCGGCGCGGCUGCGGCCGGCGCGGCUGCGGCGGGCGGGCGGCUGGAGGGGGGGCCGUGUCAGGAGAAUGGGUUGGCGUCUGGGCAGCAGGUCGCAGGGGAGGACCAUGAGGAGCUGCUCAACGCACUGCACGCCAACCUGAUGCGGGAGGAUCGGGUUUGGGCGACCACCGCCUGGGCCCUGAAGCUGAUGGUGGACGAGCAGCAGAUAGGCACUGUCAGCCUGCUGUCGUGGCCGUUUGUGCCCCGGUUCGUGCAGAUAUGCGCCGCCAAGCUGGGCGUCGGGCCCGCGGCCGCGACGGAAGUGGCGGCGGCUGCGGCCGCUGCUCGGCGGGGGUGA